AUGGAAGCACUGGCUUGUCGAAGGGCGGUCCUCUUUGCCAAGGAAAUUGGGCUCGGACAGGUAAUCUUUGAAGGUGAUUCUGCAGUGGUCAUUCAGGCUGUCAUCCAAGGCAAUUCAGCGUCAGCGGAGUAUGGAAACAUCAUUGACGAUAUCAGGAUUCUAGUUGUUGAUUUUGAUUUUAUUCAUUUUAAUCAUGUCAAACGCAACUGUAAUGCAGUUGCUGAUGCACUCACCAAGAAGGCUAAAGUUUUAUCGGACCUAGUUGUUUGGCUAGAGGAUGUACCAGAGGACAUUGCUCCUCUCCUUUUGUUUGAUGUUCCUUAA